GCUCCGACUCAUCCACAAAGCUCUCAGCUUUAUCUCCAAGCCUACUCUGGUUUGCUUGUCCUCUCUCUUCGGGCUUAGGGCAAACUGAUUUUGGAGGAAAACUGCGGAGAAGAUGCAGGCGAAGGAGGAAGAUGUUAGCUUGGGAGCUAACAAGUUUCCUGAGAGGCAGGCGAUAGGAACUGCGGCCCAAACAGAGGAGAAGGAUUACAAAGAGCCACCUUUGGCCCCUUUUUUUGAGCCUGGAGAGCUCGUGUCUUGGUCUUUCUACAGAGCUGGGAUAGCAGAGUUUGUAGCCACUUUCCUGUUUCUCUAUAUUACUAUACUCACUGUGAUGGGAGUUGUGAGCGCCAAAACCAAGUGCAGUACUGUAGGAAUUCAGGGGAUAGCUUGGUCUUUUGGUGGAAUGAUCUUUGCUCUUGUCUACUGUACCGCAGGGAUUUCAGGCGGGCACAUCAAUCCAGCUGUGACAUUUGGGCUCUUCCUGGCCCGGAAGCUCUCCCUCCCUAGAGCUCUCUACUACAUGGUAAUGCAGUGCCUAGGAGCCAUCUGCGGCGCUGGCGUUGUCAAGGGUUUCAAGAGAAGCAUCUACAUGGCCAACAAUGGAGGCACCAACUCUGUGAGCCCCGGAUACAGCAAGGGGGACGGUCUUGGAGCUGAGAUUGUCGGCACCUUCGUCCUCGUCUAUACAGUCUUCUCCGCUACUGAUGCCAAGAGAAGUGCCAGAGAUUCUCAUGUCCCUAUUCUUGCGCCACUUCCAAUUGGGUUUGCCGUAUUCCUCGUUCAUUUGGCCACAAUUCCGAUCACCGGCACCGGCAUCAACCCAGCGAGGAGCCUUGGAGCUGCCAUCAUCUACAAUAGGGAUCAUGCUUGGGAUGAUCAGUGGAUCUUCUGGGUUGGACCGUUCAUCGGAGCUGCACUAGCUGCUUUCUACCACCAGGUUGUCAUAAGGGCAAUCCCUUUCAAGAGCAGGUCUUGAGCUUUUAGCUGCGUAAAACCUAUAUCUCUGUGAAUCAGAAGCUGUGGCUUUGAAUUGACUCUAGUCUUCUAUCAUCGUCCACUAUAUGUGAGCCUUCUGCUUUUAUUUUGUUUCCCCCUUUUUUCCUUCCUCUCUCUCUCUCUGCUCCUUGAUCAAGUUUGUAAAUUAUUAAGCAUGGGUAUGCUAUGGACCGACUUUAUGGAAUUUAGAGUGGUUUCUCUUAUAUUUCUCA